AAGGAAAAAUUUCAUAUGAAUUAUUGUGAUAUCGAGGCUUAGUUUUGAUCAAUCUCAACGAAUGACGAUGUCGGAGCUGGCUAACAAGAAACUUGAAACAAAAGGAUUAGUCAGUACGGUACACGAACUUGAUAACAAAGCAAAGAGUAACACAGACAUGUGUCGUGCAUAAAGCCAUUUCAAUGAUUUUUAAGUCCAACUUGUUUCAUAUACGAUAUUCUAAUCCUACAUACAACGACUUGUCGUUUUGCGCGUAGGUUGACAGCAGCCUAGGACUUUCUGGCCAAAACCAACCCUUCAAGCUCCCUUCAAGCUACCUGUCGUGGGAUGUUACACUGACAAACAAACGUCAGUCUUGAAACGAGUAUCUCUUUCAGAAAAUUUUUGGAAGCAGCAGUUUGCCAUAACAUCGCUUCGAAUUGCAUUGAGCUAUCUGAUAAGCGUUUAAUCAAGAUUGAACUUAGGAGAAGGAGAGCAGAUUUUAAAUCAAUUACUUCCCGUAAGAGUUAUACGUUGAAAGACCUUAACAACGCAUGUCAGUAAGUUAUAUUUCAUGUUGUUCGAAAUAGCCUAACCAGAUGGGACGCGAUUCAUCUGUAACGCCAGCCACGACUGAAGCUGUACGAAAUGGCAGUGACGCAGUUUCAAUAUCGGACGAGAAUUCACUAUGUGAACGAGGAUACCAAAGUAAGGCAUGCGCAUUCAACAAUUUGAUCACCAAUGAGGCUUGGUUAGUCAAUCCACGGCAAGCCGGCAUAGUAAACGAAUCAAGGGUUCUCGUACUGUAUACAGGUGGUACAAUUGGGAUGCUGAAAGAUAAGAACGGCGUCCUAAAGCCCGCACCCGCUCUACUAGAAGCAAAGAUUCGAUCGUUCCCACAAUUACAUGACGCUGAGUAUGCCGCCUCCAUGUUUGUAGGCUGUAAACGUCCACCACUUGUAGUCCCGUAUACCGGCAGUACUAUUCGCGUUCUGUACACGAUAUACGAAUACAGACCUCUGCUUGAUUCAUCAAACAUGACGAUGGCAGAAUGGAUACGGAUAUCUCUAGACAUACAGAAGUAUUAUACGACUUUUGAUGGCUUCGUAAUUCUUCAUGGAACUGAUACGAUGUCAUACACAGCAUCUGCCCUGAGCUUUCUAUUGGAAAACCUCGGAAAGAGUGUCGUCUUAACAGGUUCACAACUUCCACUGCUUGAGCCACGUAGCGAUGGGCGAGAGAAUCUUCUCAAUGCGUUACUUUUUGCAGGCACAUAUAUUAUUCCAGAAGUUACUCUCUUCUUCAACAACCGCUUAUUACGAGGCAACAGAACUUUGAAAUACUCGGCGGCUUGUUUAGAUGCAUUUCGAAGCCCGAACAUGGCUCCUCUAGCUACGGUUGGUAUUAAUGUCAACGUCAAUUGGAAAACCGUGAUGGCGCCGUCCUCACUAAAAAAAUUUCGGGUUCACCCGAUGCUUAGUGAAGAAGUCGGCAUCUUGCGUUUGUUUCCUUCAAUAACUUCCGAAAUAGUGCAGGCUUUUCUUGCUCCGCCGAUCAAAGGGGUAAUUUUACACACAUAUGGCGCUGGAAAUGGGCCAACAGCUCAAAAGGGUCUCCUGGCCGCGAUUCAAGAAGCGUCCGAUCGAGGCGUUAUUAUAGUAAACUGCUCACAGUGUCCUAACGGACAUGUUGAGAGUGCAUACGAGACCGGUAAUGCUCUAACUCAAGCAGGUGUUAUUCCUGGGGCGGAUAUGACGCCAGAAGCAGCUCUGGCUAAAUUAAGUUACGUCCUUAGCAAGAAAGAAUGGUCCCUCGCUAUUAAAAAAGAAAAGAUGCAAACCAACCUUCGAGGUGAGCUCACAGUCAUCAACCACACGCUGAGGGAAUCGAAGCUAAUUUCGGCCAUAGGGAAGAUUAUGAAUGUUUCGUCAUUCGAAGAACUCGAAGCUCUAAAGACCGCCAUCUUACCGUCAAUACUGUGUUCGAUCGCUGCAAAGGACGAUUGUGAACGCCUUGAAGUGAUGAGGCAGUGCGGAGCAUAUCUUUCAUCAUAUGAUUAUGACUACCGAACGCCGCUGCAUGUCGCUGUAUCCCAGGGAAACUUUGCAGCCACUAAAUACCUACUCAAACAGGGCGCGUCAGUUCACAUGUAUGACCGGGAUCGAAGGAAUCCCUUAGACGUCGCCGUGGCGCAUAACCACUAUGAUAUUAUAGAUCUGCUCGUUCGCUGCGGAGCCCACUUAUCUCUACUGGCAGAAACCCUGGCUGAGGCAAUGAAUUCGGCCGCAUGCCGGGGCGAUAUCCGUCGAUUAGAAAGCUUUCGUCGGGCUGGAGCCAAUUUCACCGAAAAAGACUUAAGUGGAAGGACAAUAGGACACGUUGCAGCUGAAUGCAAUCAGCUAGAUGUUUUUGAGUACCUUUUCAAGCACGAACUUUACGUGGCAACGACUGACGUAUACGGUCAUACACCGAAGGAUGUGGCGACAAUCCUUGGACACCAGGAAAUUCAGAGGUUGAUCGAAAUUCGAACUCCAAGAGGUAGGACGCCAGCUUACCAUGGUUCCGCCUGUCGUUCCCAGCCACCCUUCACCGAUGGCAAAGGUCUUCGUCUCGCUUUUCUAUCCUGUACAAAGAGAAGCGUGAAGUUCCAGCUUAUCAGCUCCACUUUUUUUAUGCAGGUUACGUCAUUUUUGAGAAUCGCUCUACUCUGA